AUGGUUCGUCUUGCAUGUGUCUGUACGGUCGCCUUUUCAGAGCUCUCUCAUGUCCGUUGGGAUGAAUGGAAUGGAUGGAUGGUAUGGUUGGGCGGAUGGGAUGAUGUUCUCCUCCACAAACAUCAUCGGGUUUUAUCCCGCCCGUCUGGGGUUGGAUGGAUGAAUGGAUAUGCGUUAUUUGGUUCAGAACUUUCGGACUUGGGUGGGAGCUGA